UCUUCCACAACACGGAAGCAGCAUGGCGUCCAACAGCAGCUCCAGCAGGCACCAGACAGCACGGCACAGACUGAGCAUCAUCGCUGGACACCUGCAGAGACCUGCGGACAGUGAUGCUGCCCUUCUAGCCGUUGACUGCAAAGCCCAGGCGAACAAACCAAACGUCAGCGCCGGUGACAGGAGCGAGGGGAGGACAGUGCCUAGGAAGAGGCAGGAGAUUAUGAAAUGGAACGGCUGGGGAUACAGCGACUCCAGGUUCCUCUUCAACAAGAAAGGCCAAGCAGAAUUUACUGGGAAAAGGUAUAGACUGAGUGGGAUGAUCAUCCCUGGGCUGAAGGACUGGAUGGAAAGCACGUUUGGUGCCAAUUUGCAGCAUAAAACCCAAGCAACGCCUGCUCUGAAUAGCAGUGCUGUACAGCCUCCUACGUUAAAUGAGGUCUUUGUGGAGGAGCUGAAGUCUACAGGUAUUCCUUUCUCUCACGAAGCAGAAGACCGAGUUUUCCGUGGCCACGGCCACUGCCUACAUGAGAUCUUUGCUCUGAGAGAGGGAAAAAUCGGCCGUGUUCCAGAUAUGGUGGUUUGGCCAAGCUGUCACAAUGAUGUGGUGAAAAUUGUGGAGCUGGCUUGCAAACAUAAUGUUUGUCUGAUCCCUUAUGGAGGUGGAACUAGUGUGUCUAGCGCCCUGGAGUGCCCACCAGAGGAAACUCGAUCUAUUGUCUCAUUGGAUACGUCACAGAUGAACCGUAUUUUGUGGAUUGAUGAGAAAAACCUGACUGCACAUGUGGAGUCUGGCAUCGUCGGUCAGGAUCUGGAGAGAUUGCUUAAUGAGAGCGGCUACUGUACAGGGCACGAGCCCGACUCCAUGGAGUUCAGCUCCCUGGGGGGGUGGGUUGCUACGAGAGCCUCGGGCAUGAAGAAGAACAUCUAUGGCAACAUUGAAGAUCUGGUGGUUCAUAUCAAGAUGGUUACUCCUCGAGGUGUGAUUGAAAAGAGUUGUCAGGGACCGCGGAUGUCCACGGGUCCAGACAUUCACCACUUCAUCCUUGGCUCAGAAGGAACCCUUGGUGUAGUUACCGAGGUAACGAUAAAGAUCCGUCCCAUACCAGAGUAUCAGAAGUACGGCUCUGUGGUGUUCCCCAGUUUUGAGCAGGGUGUGGCCUGCCUUCGAGAGGUGGCUAGACAGAGGUGUGCUCCAGCAUCUAUACGACUUAUGGAUAAUGAACAGUUUAAGUUUGGCCAUGCCCUUAAGCCACAAGUAUCUUCCAUUUUCACAUCUUUUCUGGAUGGACUGAAGAAGUUUUACAUCACCAAGUUCAAAGGGUUUGACCCCAAUCGCUUGUGUGUGGCCACCCUGCUCUUUGAGGGAGACCGAGAGAAGGUCCUGCAGCACGAGAAGCAAGUUUAUGACAUUGCUGCAAAGUUUGGGGGCCUGGCAGCAGGAGAGGACAAUGGACAGAGGGGCUACAUGUUGACCUUCGUCAUCGCUUACCUUCGGGACUUGGGGAUGGACUACUACGUGAUUGGGGAGUCAUUUGAAACCUCUGUGCCUUGGGACAGGGUUUUGGACAUUUGCCGGAAUGUGAAGGCACGCAUCGUGCAAGAGUGUAAAGACAAAGGAGUGCAGUUUCCACCACUAUCAACCUGCAGGGUGACUCAGACGUAUGAUGCUGGAGCCUGUGUCUACUUCUACUUUGCCUUCAACUACAGAGGACUCAGUGAUCCGGUGCACGUGUACGAGCAAGUCGAGCAUGCGGCUAGAGAAGAAAUCCUUGCCAAUGGAGGGAGCUUGUCACAUCAUCAUGGAGUGGGAAAACUUCGGAAGGAGUGGAUGAGGGAGACCGUGUCCAGCGUUGGCAUGGGGAUGCUCAAGUCUGUCAAGGACUAUGUUGACCCAAACAACAUCUUCGGCAACAGGAACCUCCUCUAAGUCCAAGUUCCCGUCCGUUAUCUCACCUAUUUGUUUUCUAAAAGCACCCUGUGCAUUUUGGAUUAACGGCUAACUAAAUGUGAAUUUAAAACAGCCAGAGAUCUUCUCCAUCAGAAAAAAAGUCUCGGUGCCAUUUAAUGAUUCACUCUUCUCCUCUACCACACAUAGCACUUAAUCUGCUGAAGCAAUCGUCGAAGAUCAUUCUCACCCAACUUCUUCUAACAAGAUUCAUCUGGGCGCAGCUAAACGUUGACUUAUCUCACAUUUUCCUGAUCACCUUUGCCAACAUAGAGGAAGCUGAUUCAUGAUCCUCCUGUGUGUGUGUGUCUGUGUGUGUGUCUGUGGCACUACUUUAGUGGUAAGUUGUCGCUUUCUAAAGCUCUGUGCCUUUCUAAAGCUUUUGUCUGCCUUCCCCUCUCCUUUGUGUCCCACAUAUGUCCUUUCCAGCCUUCCUGUCUCUCGUCGUUCUGACCUUAUGCCAUAUUAGACGUGUUUCAGGACUGGGUGUAUUUGUGUGUGCCUCUUUUAAUAAGCUUGUCCCUUCCCAAGCAGUUUGGCUCUUGUCAUUUUCAAAAAGUCCCAUGUUUGGUAGGAUCGCUGAGGGGAAAUAAGCUCAACUGUUGCGCAUUUAGUUUUUCUACUGAAAGCUUUUACACUGAGUGGUUUGUUACUGAACAAGAGAAGUGGAAAAUGUAAGCCAUUUUGAAUAUGUUUCUGUACAAAAGUUUUCAGCUUUUUUUGGCGGGGUGGCGGCUGUAAAUCCCGGUCCUUAGUCGAACCAAAGACUUUAAUCAUGAGGCAGUGCAAGUCAGAAGUUUACACUCAUUAUUGGCAAUAAUCUUUGUUUUGGCCCAUAAAUGUAAUAAUUCUAGUCUGAAGUUAUUAGCUGAAAGCUUUGAUUCCAUAAACAGGAACUCGACUGGUUAUGAAUCACACUAUUGUUUUCCUCCAAUCUGGACGUGGUCAGAAUAAUACAUAAAAUAGCCUUUCAACAGGUUUCUCCCUGGACGUUGGACAUUUCCUUCCUGGCUCAUUUCUGGGAACAGAUUCUGCUUUUAGGUUUGGUCCGCAAAUCUUUGCCUUAGUUAGGUUUAGACUUCCCAAACACUAAAUUUAAACCUACUUUAUUAACAUUUAAACUAAAUAGAUCUGAGCCGAACCUCAAACCAAUGGAAAUUAAGAAAGAACAAUGAAAAACAUAAUAAUAAUAAAUGGUUUAAUCCUUCUACGGACUGGAAAGUGCCCUGAAACCAUCAUGAACUGAACUGCUUCCUAGGUCUUUAUUUUAAUCUCAAAUCAACGGCCUGAUGUCUGGAUAUUUUAAACUGUAGUUUCCUGGAAGGUGAUGAUCCCAGAAAUGCCUCAAAACUGGUAUUGGAAGCUAAGUAAAAGCAUAUUUUUAGUUAGCUUCCCGGAAUCUGACAUCUGCUAAAACAAAAUUAAAUGUAUCUGUCAAAAUCAGCAUGUUAAAUUAACACUUCUGCAUAUUGUGUUAAUUUAAACCAAGCUUAAAGCUGCCCCUUUAACCAAACCUGAAUAAUCUGCUGAGAAAAGCCUGGGGGGUCAGAGGAGACCUGCAUGUCUGUGAAGCCUUCAAACUCAAUAGUAUACUGAACGGUAGAGGUGGAGGUGGUGGCAGCAGCAUGCUGUGGGCUUCUUUUGCCAUCGUAUACUUUUUAUUCAUACAGGAAAAAUAUCACAGGCACAUCAGAAUCCCUUUAGGGUACAUAACAUUCACACAAAAAAAAAUCUUUAGGGUUAUUUAAAGCGUAAAAUGCAACAUUAAAACCCCAAAAGGAAAGAAAUACAUUUUAAUAAUGAGUGUAAACCUAUGAUUAGCUCCUCCUUCACUGUCACUGAAUCACUUCAUCAAUUAAGCUGAUUUGUUUCCUAUUAUGAUAUGCAAAGAUUACCGUCCUGAUUCUUCUGACUGUUACACACGCUGACACAUUCAGCUCGAACCUUACAUGUUUAUUUAGUUUGUCCCCGAUGAUUCCCUCAAGUGUCGGUUUGUUUAGUGUUUCUACAUCAUGCUACAGCUUUUAUGAACAGAUUCUGUAACGUGCUACAUUUUGAUACUGAACUUUUACCAUUCUGCUGCUCAUUUUCUGGCCGAUGCCUCUUUUCCAGGACUGCUUUUGUCCUACAAAAAAUAUUCCUGCUCCAGGUUAUGGAGAUGUCCACGACCUAACUUGUGUCAAAAAAAAAAAAAAAGCUUUUGAUUGUCAUAACUGUACCUUUUUUUUUUUUCUUUUUUUUCCACUUCUCUUUAUAAAUUAACAUCUGAGUAAAUUUUGUCAAUGCUGUUUGUGCAAUAAACUAAUGCGAAG